AUGGCUGUCGCGGAUUACAAGAAGUACCUGGCGGAGAAUGUCCUCAAUGAGCGCCGCACAGUCACUUAUCGCUCUCUGAGUCGAGCUCUCCGGGUCCACUGCACCUUGGCCAAGCAGAUGUUAUGUGAUUUUCACCAUGGCGAAAACAACAAGAAACCAAACAGCGUCAAUGCGACCUACCUGAUUACGGGCAUCCAGAAACCGCCGGCUCCCCCCACUACGAAUGGGGCGCAUGCCAAUGGCGAUGACUCCAACGCAGACGACGUGAUGGCGAGUAGCCCAUAUCUUCCCAGCUCGAUGCCGAACCAAGACGAGAUUACCGAUGAUGUUCGCACUGCGUCUGUCAUACUUGCGCGAGAGGAGGAUUUCGAAGAUGCGAAAUCCACCUUCGAAUCAAUCGCCUCGAUCUACGUCUACAGCAUACAGCCUACAAUUCUCCAGGAUCUCAAUGUCUUGACCGAUGUCAGUCGGGAGAUGAUAAAGAACCAUGCGCACGAGGACCCGCUAGAAUUCGGGAAACAAUGGGGGAUGAUUCAGAAUCAAAACGUGAAGCGGAGGACCGGCGCGCGACCGCCUGCGCCUGCGCCUACACCGGCACCGGCGCCAGCUCCUUCGUCCAAGCCCGUUGUGCCGUCGAAGCGUCCAAACGAAACGUCACAACAGAAGAAACCCGAGCCCAAGCAAGAGAACCGCUCUGAAUCUGCGCAAACAUCGCAACGUAGCAAUGCUCCGUCUUCCAAACCCGCGGAGAAGCCAGCUCCGGCACAGCGAGAAAAGAGCAAUCUCUUCAGCUCUUUUGCGAAGGCUAAACCGAAACAGAAGAAGGAAGACUCGGCGACGCCGGCUGCUAGCGUGAACUCGGUAUUUGUCCUGGACGAUGCUUCGGAAGAAGAAGCCGAAGAGCUUUUCCCUGACACCGGAAAGUCCUCGGCCGCUGGUACACGAGAGUCAAGGAAAGAGCGCGAGGAGAGGUUGAAGCAGAUGAUGGAGGAUGAAGACGAAGAAGACGAAGAAAUGCCGGACGUGCCAGAACCUGUUGAAGAAUCCAACCCCAUCGACGAGGCGCCGCCCAAGCCUCCUUCGCCCAAAGAAGAAGUUACUGUUGGGGGAGGACGUCGGAGAGGAAGGCGCCAAGUCAUGCAGAAGAAGACUGUGAAAGAUGACGAGGGCUACCUUGUAACGGUUGAGGAAGCCUCAUGGGAGUCGUUCUCGGAGGAUGAGCCAGCACCGCCGCCCAAGAAGAAACCCGCCGUGAGUGCACCAAAGGGCAAGGCAGGCGCCAAACCAGGACAGGGCAAUAUCAUGUCAUUUUUCUCCAAGAAAUAG